GAGCGCUAUAUCAGAGGGCCUGCAAUUCUCUGCCAUGGCCCAUAGGAAGAUCGUUAGAGCGAUGCACAGUAGCGGCGGAAUGAAUUAACAGCAGCAUCUCUAGGGAGAUUUUCGGCAGAGGUGAUGAACUGCUUCGCCUGCUAUCUCCCCGGGACGCCAGAAAGAAGUGAUCUUUCUCUUCUCCCCUCUCCCUCUCCACCGAGGGGAGAGAGGACUGCUUAAGGCACUUUCCCCACCCCAUCGCCGCCGGAUUUCGCCGUUAUGCGGUGACGCCCUUUGCGUCGACGAGCAAAUCGGCUGCCGGAUGAACUAAGAUUUGCGUUCUGAUGGGAUAGGGGAUGCCCCUGGUCAAGUUUCUUGGGAACCCUCUCCGGUUCUUGAUCCAUGGCGGCUGGUGACAUGUCGAGCUCACCUUUCCCCGGCUAGCUUUGUGUCGGGGGAGUGUUUCUUGGUCCCUCGGGACCUCGUUAAGUUGUUCAUUUAGGGGGAAAUCUGUGGGGCGGCUUAAGGAUUUCUGAUUCGCGGUUCGGAUGGCGCCGGUGGGGGGUGUUGUGGACAUCAGCUCCGAUGAGGAGGACUUCCUCAUCAGCGACGCCCUCGGGUCCAUCGACCCCGCCGGAUGGACGGCAGACCUUUUCGAUGUGGAUGAUGAUGCAACCGGGGAGGAUUUCGAUGACCUCAUGGUUAUGAGUGAGAUAUCUGCUCCACCGGUGCUGCAGCAGACAGCCAAGCCUGAUGACCUUGUGUUUAUGAGUGAGUUGUCCAAGCCUGCGCUGCAGAAGAAGGCCAAUGCUGAUGGUGGUUGUGAUGAGGAUGAUGAUGACUGCGUCGUCCUAGAUGGUGACCCUGAUAAGGCGGUUACCCUUGCCGAUGAGGAGGGUAGCGCGGGAGAUGGCAGCUCGGAUGAAUUGCAGAUAGUUGCGGAGAAAGGCCCGAUAGCAUGCAGGGACUUCCCUCAUUCACGCCAUUUAUGUUCAAACUUGCCAUUCAGCACUACUUCUCAUGCAAAGCAUUGUGGCAUGUGCCACUGUUUUGUAUGUGACGCUCCAGCUCCAUGCAAAUAUUGGGGUAACAGUACAUCAUCUAAUGAUCAUUGCCAUGCUACGGAUAAGGAGCCGAAAUGGAAACUGAUGAGGCAAGUAUUCAGGAGCACCCAGCUGCCAGCAUCUGCUCCAGAAAAACUCCCCAAUGACUUGUACUCAGCAAGGCAUUUUGCAGCCCCUCAAUUGCCUCCGUCUUCUGUAUUGCAUGCGGGUCACCCUCCUCUUGCCAUCCAAAGCCCUCUUCUUAAUGAAGGGAGCCAAAACCAACAAAGGCAUCACUCAGUAAGAGUCUCACUGAGCGUAGGUGGAACAGUCAGUUCACCAAGGGCUGGAAGAGGUACUUGCAAUGCUCAUAUUACUCAAAAUACUCAUUCACGUGCAAUUUUCAAAAGAGCAGGGGCUGUUUCUCCAGGCUUUGCAUCCAAAAAUGCUAGCCAAUUUGGUGCUGCUUGUCCAGAUAAUUCCCUGAUGGACCAGGCAUUGCCGCAUGUAUCUCAGGCAGCUCAUGUGGCACCGACAACCAAUGCUUUCACUGGAACUGCUCAGAACAAUCCUUUCCAGAGAUCUUUCAGUGCACCAACAGCAUAUCAGGUGCAGCAAGGUCAGCCAGCGGCAUAUUAUCAGGUUGCCACAAACGGGAUGGAUGUCAUAGAGCCACAACUUUCGCGGUGCACCUCGCUGAUAACUGAGAGAACACCAUGCCUACCAGAACCAGUAACAGAUGUUGGCACUAAAAGCUGGGAAGACAUACUUGCUACCGUGGCAUCUGAUCUGGGGGUAGCAGAUUACGAUAUCAGCACCACUGAGUCUCCACAUGUAAUGACCGACUCUCAACCUGUGCAUUCCCCAGCAAACCAGGGGUUCAGUCUUCAGCAUGAGUCUGUUGCUGCAAUGGAGAACUUGAUGUCUUCUCAUAUGCAUGACUUAUCCAGUCACACAACAGUUAGCAAUGUUCAGGCAAAUAGUCCCUUGGAAAUAACAGAGAAUUGGGGCAUUAGUGGAAGCAGUCCUGUUCCUAACGAAGCUCGCCUGAAUGAUUUUGCUAGUGCCCCUGCUGAUGUGUUAUCGGUAGAAGCUGCUACUCAUCAGCUUGAGGUGUCAAGGCUGGAAUCUGCAGACAUACUGUUUGAGUUUGAUUGGAGUUAAGCAGUGUCUGGCUGCACUUGCAUUUCAUGGGCACCAUGAAACAAUUGAUUGGAGUUAAGCGGUGUCUGGCUGCACUUGCAUUUCAUGGGCACCAUGAAACAAUAAAAUCGAUGGCACCAACGUGCCUCUCUAGGUUUCCUUCAUAGGAGACAGAGUACAUGUUCCUUGUACAGUAUGUAGAAUCUGUGGUAGGAGUGUCUUGCUAUCUAUGCUGCUGUUAACAUGUCGCCAUGUCAGUCGAACUUGUGUCUUAGCCUCUUUAGGGGUUAGAUGUUACGCCUAGUACGGCUUUAGAUGUUAACAGCUAUCCCCCCUGAAGUUGUGGGGGGCCAGAAUUUCAAUCCUCGUAUUGCUCGUCAUAUAUCUAUGGUUCAUACUUCAUAAUC